GAUUUGAUUUGACUCUGCAUCACGGUACAGUAGCUAGGCUGGAUUUCUGGCUUGAUAAUGACUGACAGAACAUGCCCAUACUCACCUCUGCCCUACCUUCUUGACUGACAGCAGACCAAUUGCCAUGAUGUAUUGAUUCAAGACAAAAACAAGAAUGAGUCAACAUGAACAACUGACUCAACGCUUAUUUACAUGUUUUGCUAUGAGCCAUAUGAAAGUUGAAAUGCAAAUACAUUUCCUUUCCCUAAUAGUAAAAUCUAAUUACAAAUAAUGUAUGGGAAACACUGAAAUUAUUCAGUAUAUGAAUAGCCUGUAUGCCAGAGACAGUAAUUCUAGUACUGUAGUCUGUCAGAAGACUCCUCAGGUCUCAGGCUAGUUUAGAUUUGGAGGAGCACUGGACUCGCGUUCAUCCAGGGAGCGCGAGGGCUCCGGAAGUGAGGUGGUGGAACAUUAAGGACGAAAACAUCUGGACUUCAUUUGUACACUGGACAGAGAAAAUCUCACAAUGAAAAUGCAAUUUGUUAUCCUGUAAGUCUAAUUAGUGACUAUGAAUAAAGGUAGAGGGUUUAUUUGAACAUUAUAAGUGAACACCAUUAACCACCAAUGGGACUGGUGUUCAUAUUCUGUAGUAGGACGUUUCGACAGUGGUUCUGAGGAAAUAUGUGUGUGACCGGCGCGUAAUGUGCGCGCGCCUCCCUGUUGUUCCAUAGCCGGUGGAGCUGUUGUUCUCAGAGUUAGAGAAGGAACAACCACACGGACACUGGGAAUAGAGCAACAAAGGAGAAAGUAUGAGCCAAACGAAAAGUCUUAGGCAUUGUCUUUAAAGUAUUUUGUAUUGGGAAUCAUUCAGUCUUCGCAGUAUAUACUUUUUUUUGGAGGCAGAGUAGUUCCAGCUAUGGAUUUACCUUUGACCAGACAAGCAACACUGCCCAGUCGUCAUCCGAACUUUUGAUUGUCCUCAUUACCCUCGACCCAGAAGAAGACAGCGCUCACAAAUCAGGUGAACUUUUGAAAAUGCAUUUGAUUUGGAGAUAGGUAGCCACAUGCUACACCUUUGUCGACAACAACCACAACUACACCGGACAACUUCGCACAUGGGGUGACCCAACCAGGCUUCCUGGGCCACAGAGACGUGAUUCUGGGACGGGCACAGUCCCUCCCCUCAGCCUGCCUGCCCUGCGUCCUCCCCCUGUCUCCCAGACGUCUCCUCUUGAGAGAAUGACUAUCGGCCCAGACCAGCUCUACCGCCACCACACCACUGUGUGAAUGACUCUUUGUCGAAAAGCCACCGUGCUCUGCCACCCCGUUGUUGCCAUGAAGAGCAAGUAUUCCCAGUACUACAACCGGACCCUGAUCCAUGCCUACUAUGUGUUUGCCAAAGACAUGACCUCGGAGGAGCUGGAGGAGCGCACCAACGGGAAGGCCCAACUCAGCUCCCUCAACAUCGUCUUCGUCAUCAUCUGCAGCAUCAUCAUUCUGGAGAACUUGCUGGUGCUCAUUGCCGUGUUCCGCAACAAGAAGUUCCACUCCGCCAUGUUCUUCUUCAUCGGGAACCUAGCCUUCUCCGACCUGCUGGCCGGCUCUGCCUACAUCGCCAACAUCUUCCUAUCAGGGCCAAGGACCUUUGAGUUGGUGCCGGUACAGUGGUUCAUCCGGGAGGGCACAGCCUUUAUAGCGCUGGCCGCCUCUGUCUUCAGCCUGCUGGCCAUCGCCAUCGAGCGCUACAUCGCCAUCACCAAGGUCAGGGUGUACGGCUCCAACAGGACAUGUCGUAUGUUCCUGCUGAUCGGGACGUGCUGGGUCACCUCCAUCCUCCUGGGGGGCCUGCCGAUCAUCGGCUGGAACUGCAUCAACAACCUGCCUGAGUGCUCGGUCUUGCUGCCUCUCUAUUCUAAGAAGUACAUCCUGUUUGUGGUCACCAUCUUCAGCAUCAUCCUGCUCUCUAUCGGCAUCCUUUACGUGCGCAUCUACCUGAUCGUGCGCUCCAGCCACCAGGAGGCCACCAACUCUCCGGCCUACGCCCUGCUGAAGACGGUCACCAUCGUGCUGGGCGUCUUCAUCGUGUGCUGGCUGCCCGCCUUCACAGUCCUCCUCCUGGACACCUCCUGCCGCAGGCUGGACUGCCCCGUCCUCUCCAAGGCAGACAUCUUCUUCGGCAUCGCCACGCUCAACUCGGCACUCAACCCACUGAUCUACACGCUACGCAGCAAGGACAUGAGAAAAGAGUUCCUGCGCGUGCUGUGCUGCUGGGGGCUGCUGACCAGCGGGCGCCCCACUGACCGAUGCCUGGUGCCCCUCAAGAGCUCCAGCUCUAUGGAGCACUGUACCAACAAACACGAACACCAGACCACGCCCAUCAUGCAGGCAGAGUGCACCACCUGUGUCUGACUCGAUGCUAUAAUCACACAGUGUGUGUUUCUGAAUGUGAAUGUGUGUGUGUGUGUGUGUGUCUAUUCGACUGGGUGUGUGAGAGGGAUAGUAUGUGUGAUGGGGCUGUGUGCAGGUGAAGAGACUUAAAGAGGAAAGCACACCUGUGAACCAUCCCCACUCCAGACCUGCCACACAGAAGACCGUCUUGUCUGUUUGUCUGGAGAGAUGUCACAACAUCGUUGACUCUCAUUACAAUCAUACCUGUGUGAAUUCACAAUCAGCAUUCAACCGAUUCACCACAAGAGCGUGGUAACGCAAUCAUCCUCGAGAGUGAAUUCACUAUUAUUCAAUGAAUUCACAAUCGUAGCUGAGACUUUUUAAAAUCUUAUUUUUUAACAAUGUUUUAAACAUUUUCUUAGGGACUUUCACAGAGUGGAGUCAAUCUUUGUUGAGGGAGUCUUGAUUAUAACGAUACAUAAUUAAUGUUCUGCAUGUCGACUUGUUUUACAUGUAUGCAGACUCUCUUAUGGAAAGCCAAAUCCACAGACACCAUAUACAUAAUUGUGAUGCUGAGUUGUUGGAGUGUUUUACUGCACCCUGAUAAUGGUCAAGCUUUCACAUAUUGCACUUUGUAGACAUGUAAGCGUUGUGUGAUUGUUUAUGGCUGUCACCCUCUUGAAAGGUUAAACCACAGAAGUUUCCCUGAGUGAAUUAUAUAUGUAUCCAUACAUACAGUACUCAUAGGCCAGACGAGACAUGAGGCACCCAGGCAGUGACUAGUCCUUACUCAGUACUGCACUCCAUGCAGGCCAAAACCCUUACAAGUACCCCUUUAAACCAGGGCUAUAUAUCUUCAUAUAUAAACAUACAUAGAUCCCUUUGAUUAACUGCAAAAACAAAAGUACUCUGCUUACGUAUAUUGCAUGACAUUCCAACUCCUUUGUAAGAACUAAUGUGUAUUGGUGUACUCCAGUAAGUUCAGCUUGUUCAUUAACAUUCUGUCUCUCUCUCUCUCUCUCCGCCCACUUAAAUCUGUCCCUCUCGCUUUUAAUGUUGUCUUUUGUAACUAACGUUUCCUAAGAGGAAGGCCCAAUCAGAAAACACAUUUCUUGAAGUGAGUUGGCACUGAUAAAUUACAUUCAAUUACAGCUACCCAGCAGCCCAUAACCGAACAAAGUUGUAGCAACGCAGUGGCAGAGUGUGCUUUCUGUUAUUAUUGGUUCUUGCUCCAGGGGAAUGGGCCUGAAUGUAAGUCUGAAGUGUUUGGAGCGAGACCGCUCUAUUGUUUUACAGUAUUAUAGAUCAUUGACUUGUCAUUGACGUGCAGAGAGUGGGAUUAAACAGGGUAGGGCAAUCUCACUGUGAAGUCUUAAAAACAGACUACAACAAAUAACAGCAAUAUCACCACCAAGCAUGUCCAGGUAGAAUGGUUGAAAAAUAGUACAGUCCUGUUCAACACAGGAAGACAUGGGCUUCGUCCAGAGUAGACACAUCUUCUCCAAUCCCAAUAAUCCCCCUCCAUAAACGAGAGAAGAUCCAGUUUCAAGGGGAGCGGGGGUCUCCAUUCCCUUCUCAAGAGAGGUCGCCCUCUUUAUUCUCUUAAGACGCUUAAAUAAACUCUUAAUUCCUCUAACGACAGGAAGUCCUGUGUUUCAUAAAGCGGUUGCUGUUGUUCAGGAAGAACCUCAUCUGCCUUUGUCCAGACACACUCACUCUCACUUGGCCACGCUUCUGGUCCUCAUAUUUCCAUGCAGGUUUUUACAGCCUGCUAGUUAGACAGCGAGCACUAGCCUGGAAUCCAAACUGAUAUGCUCUGUUACAAUUGUUUCACUUCACAAUAAACUGAACCUAUGAAUGUAGAUUCCGGGCUAGGCCAGACCAGUAGGAAUAGUGAAAGCAAUAUGGCAGCUUCCAUAUUGCCUGACUGCUCUCCCGGGUUUCUUAAAAGACAAAGCAAACAUACCUAUCACUUAAUUCAUGUGUUGUCUAAACCUGUAUAAAUAUAUGAAUAACUAUGUAUGUAAGUAUGUACAGUAUGUAUGUAUGUAUGUAUGAACUGUGUUCAUGUAUGGAAUGUCUUGUGUGUCCAGUAGCACUAUGCCUGUGUCAGAACGGUACAUAUUAAACACUAAUAGUGGUACAUCAUUUGUUUUUCUUAAAUUCAUUCCUUUUUAUAAAAUAAAUGAAGUAUCAAAAGAA